CGACAAUCGAUUAUUGAGGCUUAUGGAGGUGUGUAGUGCAAAACCCUGAAAAAAUUUUAAUUAUUGAUGUUUUUUAUUGUUUUUUUUGUUUUUUUUUCUAUAUUAAGCUGCAAUGACUGAAAAAGAUCAAAAUUCAGCGGAUGAUAAAAAAAAAUUGCAACAAUUUGAACAGGAUUCUGCUCGUCUACAGCAAGCCACAGUUGAUACAGGAGAGGAAGAACAUAAUGAAGAUGAUCCACAAGUAUCCGUAGGUUAUUUUUUUUCCAUCCUAUUUUUCGUUUAUUAUCUUUAACUAUUCUUAUCUUUUUUUCAUCAUUAGACUCAUUUAAAACCG